AUGUCUGAGAACAACGUACGCCCCGGCCUGGCCCGCCUACCUACCGAAUUGGUCAUUGAGAUAUUCUCUGACCUCCCCGACAUAGAGUCAAUGCAGAACUUUGCGUUGGCUUCUAAAAAUUAUCAAGAUAUCCUUACGGCAAAUCAAUGCGUCAUAGCCCGUCGCUUCGCAACCAGAACCACCAAGGACACCGACGCUGGCGUCGUGAGGCUAGCAUUCCUAACAUGCAAAGCCCGCGACUUUCGGUACUUUUACAACGGCUAUGGCGAUGAAGAGGGGCCAUACGAUGGCGGCUUGGAUUUCCUCGAGAAGUACGGCCAACGUGGGGACUGGCCUAGCCGUUACUACCAGGUCCACGCCCUCACUUUAUUGCCCAGACUCAGCAAUGAAGUCGAGAUCGUCUUGGGUUGGGUUAUCGAGUUCAUGGCCCCCUUGCCGCCCGGAUUGGAGGAUGAAGGCUUCACCUGCACGGAGCUCUCGCGCCAGCGCCGACUAUUAUACAUGAUCGACUUCAUUUCGACAUGUCUGGCCAAGAGCAAAGUGCCUCAAGGGAAUAACCCAGCCUCCGCUGUGUUCUUCAACGCGCUUUGGGAUUCUUUUUCGCAGGUUGAAGUCUUCUUAAUGUAUGAGCUUUUGAGUAGAGUGGUUCAGUUUCUUGGAACAAGACUGGAUUUGAUCGUGUGGCCUGGAGCCAAAGUUCUCGUGAGGUCAAUCUUCGUACUAUGGGGCUAUAAACAACAUCUCGAAGCCUUCAUAGUUGCGACACGGGAAGAGCUCUCGACUAGUGAGAAUCGAGCUCUUCGGAUCCCUCUUACCGACGAUCCUGAGGCCUUCGUCAAGGAUAAAUUGCCCGCAGACCCCGAAGAGGAAGGACAUUUAAUGGGCUUCUAUUACUAUAGCCCAUUACAGUACGACAGUCUCACGAAGGGAUACUUACAUCUACGUGGACUGCAUUACUGGUUCUUCCUCAUAGGGGACAAGGACAGAUGCGAAUCGGUCCUAAAACGGGGACCGGUUUGGACAUGGGAGACUGGCACGAACGCGCUGCAGGCGUUACUCGGCGACCCCGUGGUCGUCUGGCAACAAGACCCAGCUCUCUUUAACUGUCCAGGCAAAAUAGGGACGAAGGUGCCAUACUAUGAGUUAUGCAAUGAGAGGUCAUAACUCAUAGAUGGAAAGGAUGGUAGGAGGAUGGACUUAGCGAGAUCAUUGGCUUCGGAGUUUACAUUGGUGCUUUAAAAAAUACCACGUAUUGGAUACAUUUGCGGAAAUAGCGGGCAGCGAGGAGUUUGGCUUUCAGGAAAUUGGUAGCAUUAGAGGUCAAUCUGCAUAGAUGGUUGGGGCUGGUUAUGAUACCCGGAGCAUGGCGAAUAUACAACUUUUCUGGCUUCUUAUUUUCUUUCUUAUUACCCUGUUGGUGUUGCGCAAGAAGUAGACUCAUUUGGAUAUUGUAACUCGUAACCCCGCCCCUUAAACCCGAAUAGGGGUAAUCAGGUACCUACUACUAUAGCUCGCCAUCUUUAACUAAUCGACGAAUAGUAUCAAUACUACCGUGAACAGCCACUUUAGCUG